AAAAAUACAUUUUUAAAAUUUUUUAAUAUGAAGGAAAUACCUAUUGCUCCUGUUCCUGAUUUGCGUCUUGCAGAUUAUAUUUUUGUUAUUUUAAAUGAUAAAUCUUUAGAACGAAAAAAAAAUGCUACAGAAUUAUUAUUAAGUGCAAUUAAAGAAGGAAAUCUGGCGCCAUUAUAUCUUUAUCUUCAUGAACAUAUUCAAUCUUUUCCUUUUGAUACUUUACUUUAUAAUGAUUUAAAGGCUGAAAAUGAUAAAGAGUUAGAGAAAUUAGAUAAUGAAAUUAAAAAAGUCCAGGAAAUGGAUGGUGAACAAGAAAUUGCAGAUAUAUUGAGAAAGAAAGCAGAGUAUUUUGCUCGUAUUUGUGAUAAAGAAAAAGCUUUAGAAUCAUAUCAAGAAGCAUAUAAUAAUACUGUUACAGGCUUUCAAAUCGAUAUAUUGUUUGGAAUUAUGAGAAUCGCUUUAUUUUUCUCUGAUACAUCACUUUUUAUUCGUAAUAUGGAUAAAGUAAAAAAUCUUAUUGAUAAUGGAGGUGAUUGGGAUCGGAAAAAUAGACUUAAAACAUAUAUGGGGCUUCAUUAUAUUAGUAUACGAAAUUUCAAGGAAGCGACUCGUCUUUUUCUUGAUAGUAUAAGCACUUUUACUAGUACUGAGUUGAUGACAUAUGAGGAUCUUGUAAAAUAUACAGUGAUUUCGGCUUCUAUUUCAUUAGAAAGAGUCCAUUUUAAGCAAAAGAUUGUAGAUUCUCCUGAAGUACUUAGCAUUAUUAUUACUGAUAAAUCAUUUAUAUCUUUAAAAAAUAUGAUCAAUUCGCUAUAUUAUUGCAAUUAUGCACUUUUUUUCCGAGCACUUGCAGAAGUAGAAGAGAACUAUCUUAGGGUUGAUCGAUAUCUUUUUCUUCAUGCUGAUUAUUAUCUCCGAGAAAUGAAAAGAAAAUCAUAUGCUCAAUUAUUGGAGAGUUAUAAAGCGCUAUCUAUUUCUUCAAUGGCAUCUGCAUUCGGUGUUUCUGUUGAAUUUAUUGAUAAAGAUUUAUCAAAAUUUAUUGCGAAUAAACAAUUAAAUUGUAUUAUUGAUCGAGUAAACGGUAUAAUUGAAACCAAUAGACCAGAUAGUAAGAAUGCACAAUACCAGUUAUUAAUAAAACAAGGUGAUCAUUUACUUAAUAAACUUCAGAAAUUCCAAGCAAGAGUUAUGGCUGGUAUGUGA